UUUCCAUAUUUUGCGUGUUACCUGUAAACAAUGGCCAACGCAUCUCUUUUCACACUACUCUUCAUUGUCCUCGCUAUCUCAGCGACGUUGUUAGCAAAGGCUGAAGAUGAAGAUUUAAGAAAGCCAUACAUUGUUCAUAUGAUGAGGUCCAUGAAACCUAAUCAUUACAGUUUACACCAACACUGGUAUGCUUCAAUGCUCAACCAGGUCUCACUGUCUGAUACUGCAAGUGACUUGUUAUAUACAUAUGAUACACUCCUGCACGGCUUUGCUACGAGACUGAGUAGAGCAGAGGCCGAAGCCAUGCAGAGAAUGGAUGGCUGCUUGGCCGUAAUCCCCUCCUCUCUCUAUAAAAUCGCCACCACGGACACACCUGAGUUCCUCGGGCUCACCUCCUCCUCUUCCUCUUCGUUCGGACUAUGGUCCAAAUAUUCUACUCUUGGGGAAGACAUCAUCAUAGGGGUGCUUGACACUGGAAUUCGGCCUGAAAGCCAAAGCUUCAACGAUGGAGACCUUGGACCCGUUCCACAGAGAUGGAAGGGUGUAUGUGAGAGUGGGCAGGGGUUCAAUUCUUCCCACUGUAAUAGAAAAAUCAUUGGAGCUCGAUACUUCUUCAAAGGCUACGAAAACAACAGUCGUAUCAACGAAACCUUGGAAUACAAAUCUCCUCGAGACAGCGAGGGCCAUGGCACACAUACAGCUGCUACUGUUGCCGGGGCUGCAGUGCCUGCAACUAGUUUCUUCGGUUUCGCCAACGGAACAGCCAGAGGGAUGGCGCCUAAAGCUAGGCUGGCCAUCUACAAAGUCUGCUGGGCAGAUGGCUGCUAUGCCGCGGACAUAGUUGCCGCCAUGGAAGAAGCAAUUGCAGAUGGCGUUGACAUCAUUUCUUUGUCACUUGGCUCACCAGAAGCGCAAUUUCACUUGGAUCCCGUUGCCAUCGCAGCAUUUGGGGCCAUCGAGAAGGGUGUUUUUGUUUCUGCGGCGGCAGGAAACGAAGGACCAAUUUCGUCUUCUCUCAACAACCCAGCGCCCUGGAUUACUACUGUGGGUGCCAGCAGUAUCGACAGAGCUUUUCCUGCUUCGCUAGUCUUGGGAAACCAGGAAAUACACAGAGGCACUUCGCUAUACAAGGGAGGAGAUGCAAUGCUACAGAUGCCUCAUCCUCUGAUCUAUGUAUCCACCAACAACAGCUCAAGGCGUUGUCUUGCUGGCAGCCUUGACCCAAGUUUGGUUAAGGGUAAAAUCGUGGUGUGCGAUCAGUUGUCAAUUCCGCUCAAUGAAGGGGAGACGGAGGCCCUGGUGAAGGGAAUCGUCGUUCAAGCAGCAGGGGGCCUAGGAAUGAUUGUUGCAAAUGACAACCUUUCCGGGGCAGAUGAGCAGAUCACCAAUCCUAAUCAUCUGCCUGCAAUUAGCGUGAGUUUCACGGUUGGAGAAAAAAUCAAAGCCUACAUGACCAACGAGAGUAAUGCAACUGCCACCAUGCGCCUCCCAGGAUUGACUUCUCUAGGAAAGACAGCUGCUCCUGUUGUGGCUGCCUUCUCAUCUAGAGGGCCCAGUGUAACAUACCCGCACAUUCUCAAGCCAGAUAUGAUUGCUCCGGGUGUGAACAUAUUGGCGGCAUAUACGGAAAGUUUGCCUUUCUUUCUUGCAUCAGGUACUUCGAUGGCCUGUCCUCACGUCAGUGGCAUUGCAGCGCUCAUUAAACAAGUUCAUCCCACGUGGAGCCCAGCCGCCAUUAAAUCUGCUUUCAUGACGUCUUCUUACAUUGUAGAUAAUACAAAGCAGGCCAUCAGGGAUUCAGCUACCGAGAAAGCAGCCGAUCUGUUCGCCAUGGGCGCAGGCCACGUUGACCCAGUAGCUGCAAUAAAUCCUGGACUCAUCUAUGAUCUGGCACCUCAAGACUACAUCAACUAUCUCUGCACGCUCAAUUACACAGCGCAACAGAUUGCCCUGCUCACCAAGAAGUUAAUUUCCUGCCCGAACCUCAGUAUGGAAACUGGAGAUCUCAACUACCCAUCUUUCUCUGUGCUGUUUUACUCUGGCAACAACUUGAUUCAGGUUAAGAGGAGAACAGUGACGAAUGUGGGUGCACAAGCACAUGCCGUGUAUCGAGUAAGUGUAAAGGCCCCUUUUGGUGUGAAAAUAACUGUGCAGCCACAGACAUUGGAGUUCAAACAACUGAACGAGAAGGCCAGCUAUAGUGUGACAUUUGAAACCAAUACAACAACUCGAUCUGUGUCUGACGAGUUUGGAGAGAUAAAAUGGACAUGUAUAGAGGGAGGAACGUACGUUGUUCGUAGUCCAGUUGCCCUGCUAUGGCAACCUGUGUAAAAACAGGGCCAAAUCAACAAUAAUAAAAAAAUCAGCAGCAAUAAACAGGGCAAAACAGAGAAUAAAAUAGAGUUAAAUUGUUGAAGCAAUAGGUUGUACAGGACUGUUGGUAGUGCUUAGUCUCAUUUAUUUGGGCAGUUUGUUGCUUAUCUUAUUCUAUGUACAUAAAAGAUUGGAAAAAUUAAUUAUUACUUUCAUUUAAAGC